CCUCGGCAAUGCUCGUGAGCAUGAUGAAUGACCCCCCCGAUCAACACAGCAGAAAGCCGAGCAGUGCCUGCGUGCUGCAUCACCAUUCAUUGUCUUUCCGCUUCCGACCGACUUCUCCAUCGCAGCUCACUUCUUCUCCCUUCAUCCCUACUUGUCCGACGCACUAGGAACUACGUUCACGCUCCUUUGCGGUGUAGAACAUCCUCAGCCUAUCUGACAGCCCAACUCGCUCCGUGUGUCGCAGUCGCGAAACGAAAGCCAUCUUUCAAUCUCGGUCGCCUGCAUGUCUUGUCUUUCAAUUAAUGAUGUCGCAAAUCAAGUCCACUGCAGCGCAGUCUACCCAGAAAACUCCUCCCACCUCCAGUGCCCAACAAUCUGACAAUGUCGCCCAUGCACUUGCCGGUGCGGGGGGUGGUCUAUUGUCCAUGGCGCUGACCUACCCACUAAUCACACUAUCCACGCGUGCACAAGUAGAGUCAAAGCGGGCUGCAACGUCUAACUUGGAUGCUGUGCGCGCCAUCAUUGCAAGGGAAGGGGUACAGGGUCUGUUCGCUGGAUUGGACAGCGCCCUAUUCGGCAUUGGCGUCACAAAUUUCGUCUAUUAUUAUUGGUACGAAUGGUGUCGAUCUGCCUUCGAGACUGCGGCGGUCAAGGCUGGGCGCGCCAGCAAGAAGUUGACCACCGUCGAGAGUAUGCUGGCCGGUGCUAUUGCUGGAUCUGCGACCGUUUUCUGCACCAAUCCGAUCUGGGUCGUCAACACGCGCAUGACCACGCGCAAGAGAGAGUCGGAGGGACAGAUUCUGCCUGGAGGGUCAGCGACCAAGAAGACCCCGAGCACUAUUGGUACGCUCGUGUGCAUCAUUAGGGAUGAGGGCUGGGUGCGUCUAUUCGCCGGCGUUGGCCCAGCGCUCGUACUUGUCAUCAACCCAAUCCUCCAAUACACAUUAUUCGAACAGAUGAAGAACUUGCUGGAGCAGAGACGGAAACGGCCCAUCACGCCCACCGACAGCUUCUAUCUCGGUGCGCUGGGCAAGCUGCUAGCCACAAGCAUCACGUACCCCUACAUUACAGUCAAAAGCAGGAUGCACGUCGGCCAGGGCGGUAAAGAGGGCAUGACGGAGAGUUUGCGCAGAAUCGUACGGGAAGAAGGCUGGCAAGGUCUUUACGGAGGUAUUGUACCAAAAGUGACGCAAAGUGUGCUGACGGCCGCGUUUUUGUUUGCGUUCAAGGAUGUGUUGUACCAACAGACAAUUCGGCUUAGGAAAAGUAUUGCGGUCAAGGCUUAAACAGUCCACUUCGUCAGGCAAUCACACACAUAUUCUUUGUACGCACGGACGCGAAAGAGCAAGCAGGUACUCAAGGAAAGGGAAUUGAAUAGAGAUGCACCUCGCAUCUGAAACAUACGCAGUGUGGAAGGCGAUCAGAGCAAAUGGAUCGUUCAUCUUGGUUAAGGCAUUAUUGCUUGGGGGCGAAUAGGAUUGCACGCUAAUUCGUAGAAACGAAGAUGCGCCCCUCUUCCGCUGCUCGAAAAUGUUAUAGUAUAUACUGAAAGGCCAUAGAUGAGGGAGUAAAGGAUAUUCAACUUCAUGGAGGCUCACAAGCCCUGUCUGACGUAGCUCAACGACGGAUCAAUGCUCGGUGCUAAUCCUUGUUGUCGAUGUGACAUUAGGUGGUUGAGACGGUCAUGCGUCGUUUUAACGUAAGAUAAUGCAUAUUGCUUAAGUUUUUCCUC